AUGCUUGGAGAGGGUCGCGAAGAGGCCGGUCGCUUCUAUGUUCCGCCACUGCUCGAGGACGAUGAGCGCAACCCCGACACUUCCGAGGAUCUCCCACCGCCCGAUGUCGAAGCGGGUAGCGGUAGCACCUUGCCGGUCUGGCUGCAGGAGUCAUCCAAGUCCUUUCGCUGGGGCUGGGUACCACUACCGCUGAGGAAAGCCGGUCGCGCGACCGCAAACUGGAUCAAAGGCCCCGAUCCUCCGCAUAUGCUUUUGUUGAAGCCGCUCUUCCCGCGCGUCCAGGAACUGCCGGUCCAGUACCUAGACCACUUCUUCCCCAAGCGCAAACACAAGAUCUCGCUUCUCAUACUGUUAUAUGUGUCGUGGUUCGUACCGUGGUUUUCGGUUCUUGUGCACUCGCGCUCCUCCGGCUAUAUCGAAGGCUAUGGCCAGCUGCAGACACUCUCAUGCGGCACGAAUCUCUGGGAAUUCGAUAAUGGGUGUGGCCUCAAUGGCAACGGGUGUCGCCCGUUUUCCUCUUCGACCGUCGCUUUCCGAUGCCCUGCGAACUGCCGCGAUGAGAAGCUACUAGAGCCCCAUGUUGUUGGAAACCAAUCAUUCAACUACCAGGGACUCGUGAUCGGAGGGCCGCAACCACAUUCGUCCGAACCCGCGAUCUAUCGCGCCGACAGUUUCGUUUGUCAAGCGGCAAUUCACGCAGGUGCCAUCUCGAACGACGGUGGCUGCGGCGUCGUGAAGCUUGAAGGCGCGGCGCACUCGUUCCCGUCGGUCAAGCAGCAUGGCAUCAAGUCGGAAGCCUUCCCCUCGACCUUCCCCAAGGCUUUCAGCUUCCUCGAGCUGCAAUCCUCCCAAACUAACUGCCCCGCUGAUCCGCGCUGGUCGCUCCUGGGAGUUACAGCGGCCGCCGUCGGGGUUCUUUGGCUGUUCUGUACCUCUCCGCCUGUGCUAUUUUUCAGUACGUUCUUCAUGGUGUUCUCCCAUACCGGACUGGUCGCGGAUCCGCCGUCUUAUCCUUUCCUGGCCGACCUUGUCUCCACCCUAUUGUCUCGACUGCUCCCCGCGGCGUUCGUUGUCUACGUUCUCUUCAAGUUCUGCGCCGCUCCGCUUCUCCAACCGAUUUCAUCGCCAAUCUAUCAGUUCGAAAAGAUGCUACUGUUCCUCCCACCGCUUUUCAUUGGAGCUUUGAACAACUAUACUUUUGCGCGGUUGAUCCCACUCCAGCGUCUGACACCCAUGGACAUUCAGCAACAGCCGGGCGCAAAAUUAGCGCUCGCUUUGGUCAUUCCCACUGUGCUCACGAUUGUUCUUACCCAAGCAUGGCAGAUUCGCCAGGGUGGCUUGCUUCCCCACUACCUCAAGAUUUAUUGUGCCAUCCUUCUCGUGAUCUUCAUUCUUCUUCCGCUACCUGGUCUGCGACUCCGCAUCCAUCAUUACAUCCUGGCAAUUCUGCUUAUGCCCGGCACCGCGUUCCCUACUCGUCCAUCAUUGUUCUACCAAGGGCUGCUGCUUGGUCUAUUCAUCAACGGUGUUGCUCGCUGGGGAUUUGCUUCCAUCAUUGAGACCCCCGCUGCCUUGGGAGAAUUGGCCCCAGGCCGCAGUGGGAGCAAUGGAUGGUGGGGUGCCACGUACCCAAACAUCACCGAAUCCUCCGUCCAUAUCUCCCUUCCCGGGCCUGGAUCUAACGAGACUCAUCGCGGCAAUGGCAAUAUCACUUUCGCGCUGUGGGAACACGACCGCAUGGAGAAACUUGACGUGGAUGGUGUCUCGGUCUUGCUCAACGACGUAGAGCGCUGGCGUGGCUAUCUUGAUGAGGACAAACUGGGUGAAUUCACUUGGCAUCGCCAUGGCCAUGACGGUCUGGAGCUGCAGAAUGACGAGCCUCUACUUGAACGCCGCGACAUUUCAGAGACUGCAUUUGGUGCUCAGUCUGUUCUGCUGGCCGAUAGCGAUCCCGAGGAUGAACCCGAGGAUCUCUUCUUCCGUUUUGCAUUCUUGCGGGGAUCCGAGGCCGGUCGCUACGGGCCCACCGCGGUCUGGCGCAGUGAUGGAUCGUGGAGCUCACCACCCCCUCCAAAAUAG